AUGGAAGUUGCGAAAGCCAAUGGAGCCAUUGAAGUUGGAGAGGAGUGCGGCAAGCUACUGCUCGAUUUGCAUCGAUUUUUGGCCACCAACCGUGAAUGCCAAAAGAUGCGAAGACGAUUGCGACCCAUCUACCAAUCCUAUGACACCUCGAAGUCUGCAUUGGAGGCGUUGACGCAGCUGUCAGAAGUCCUUCCAUCAGCUGAAACUGAGAAGGAGAUCUUGCAGCCGUUGCACAUCUUUGCAAAUGGAGACUUCAAGCCUUCUCACACGUUUUUGGAGCUGCUGAAGGAGGAGGUUGCAAAGGAGAUGGAGAGCAUUUUCGAGGGAGAGGAUGCAAGCCAAUACGCUUCAUCAUCUGAGCACUGGCAGGAAGCUCAGCUUGCAGCACUACGUGCUGUCCAGCAACUUGAAGGUUCCAAAGAUGAAGUUCCAGAUCUUGUUGCCGUGGAUGCUGCGGGUGGAGCAUCAGGGUUGCAACGAAAGUUUGUGCCUCCAGCGCCGCCACGUUUGCCAGAUGAUUCAGGUAGCAUUUCGGUAUCAAAGCGUGCCCCUUUGUUGGUGCUGGCCUCUCUUGUUGACAAAUUGCCAAACUUGGCUGGUCUGUGCCGGACGUGCGAAGUCUUUCAUUGUGAAGCCUUAUGUUUGCCGAACUUGAAGGUGACGUCGGAGCAGGCCUUCCAGUCCAUCUCCGUGACAGCUGAAAAAUGGCUGCCGCUGCGAGGAGUACCCAAGCCGAAGCUAAAGGAAGAACUUUUGAAACUUCGAAAAAGUGGAUACGCAUUGGUGGGUGUAGAACAGACGCACACCAGUGUGCCGUUGGACCAGUGGAAUUUUUCCGAGAACACAGCUAUUCUCCUAGGUGCCGAAAAGGAGGGCAUUGAUGCAGAUCUGUUGCCACUGCUCGAUGGUUGCGUGGAGAUCCCACAGCAAGGUCAGCUGCGAUCCUUGAAUGCGUGGCACCCUAGUUAG